AUGAUAAUAGCCGACCUGGAAUUCCACGGGGUGAUGCGAUUCUAUUUCCAAGAUUCCGGUCAGAAAGUCGCCACAAAAUGCAUAAGGGUAGCAUCAGAUGCUACCGUAGAAGACGUCAUCGGUACUCUGGUUGAAAAAUUCCGACCGGAUAUGCGGAUGCUGUCAAUACCUUCCUAUGCGCUCUACGAAUUACAUGAGGGUUGCCAGGAAAGGAAAAUGGCUCCCGAUGAGAAGCCCCUCUUGGUACAACUCAAAUGGCACGUAGAUGAUAGAGAAGGAAGGUUUUUGUUAAAGAAUGUUGACGAUAAGACGAUUACUAAUUUUGAAAUAUAG